UGAAUGAGAUAUUUUAUCGCGAGUACAAACAAAGAAAAAUGGCAACACUUGCUCUCUUCCCUCUCUCCCUCUCUGUUCCAGCACUGCGAUUGCAACCCCGUCUUUGCUCUCCGCAAACCAACGUUUUCAAUCCCAUUUCCUCAUCUUGUAGUCUCAAAUCGAACCGAAUUGGGGACAAAAUUGUUGUCUUUGGAAGUAACUCGAGCGACCGAAAUGAGUCGCAGUUCUUGGACGAAAACGGGGUCGUUGAUGAUAUGGAUGGCUAUCUCAACUACCUUUCUCUUGAAUAUGAUUCUGUUUGGGACACUAAACCAUCCUGGUGUCAACCAUGGACAAUUACAUUAACUGGGGUAUCCGCAAUUGCCUUGAGCUGGCUGAUUUUGCACUCAGUAUUAGUCACAACCGUCGUGUCAUUACUGAUGUGUGCAUGGUGGUACAUUUUCCUGUAUUCCUAUCCAAAGGCAUACGAAGACAUGAUCGCUGAACGGAGGAAGAAGGUGACAAAUGGUGCUGAAGACACGUUUGGCUUGACGAAGAGCCAAUCAUCGUGACCGAAAAAUUAGACUUGAUAUAGCAGAUUCUUUCUGCCUUUGUAUAUUUUCGUUGUCACCAUUAAGGUGUUGGUUUCAAAUUAAUGAUUUUCCGUGAAAAGUGACUAACAUUUCUCGACUAGAAACAAAUAUGCAGUGCUUGUUAGGCCAGUGUGGUAGGUGAUAACUUUGAACGUCGCAAGGAAAUUUACAUAGAUGUUCUCCCGCAACUAUAUGUUGGUCUUUUUAAUAUUAAGGCAUUGUCUGAUUUAAG